AUGUAUGCAUCACAAAGUUUGUCUUUUCAUCCUACUUCUGAUCAUCAGCAAGAUGAAAACAGUUUUCUUCAAAAUCAUAUUGCAACAUCUGGAUUAGUGGAGCUGCAGCAGCAACAGUUGCAUUCUAGUGAAAACAUGAACUUGAAUAUGCAAUUAGAAUUUGGGCAUGACCCCAAUAACACAAGGUUUCAUCAAAAUUGGGAAGAAAUUAGUUUUAAUCCUUACAACAAUCAACAACUUAGUUACCCCAUUUCUAAUCCAUCAAAUUUCUUGAGUACUACUACUCCAUCAUCAUCAUUAGGCCUUUUGGCAACUUCAACUAAUCUUUUUUAUGAACCCCCACAAUUGAAUAUGCCUUUAAAUCUUUAUACCCCACAAUCUAGUUUGUUCAAAGAGUUGUUUCAUCUUUCUCCACAUGGGUCCUCCUAUGGAUUAGGAAGCUCCGGGACGGGUUCUUUGUUUAGCCAUGGUCAUGAUCAGGAAGAGGUAACAGGUAGUUUAUACCAUGAUGGGAGUUUUCAUGAGUUAAGUGGAGAUAUGAUGAUCAAUUCUGCAGCUAUUAAAAAGAGGGAAUUAGGUAAAGAUAUCAAACAUCAUGCUUCUGAGAAACAAAGGAGAGUUCAUUUUAGUGACAAGUUCCAAGCAUUGAGGACUUUAAUCCCAAAUCCCUCAAAGAAUGAUAGAGCAACAAUUAUCGCGGAUGCUAUUGGCUACAUACAUGAGCUGAAAAUGAGAGUAAAUGAGUUAAAAAUUCAAGUAGAUUUAAAGAAAGAGAGAAUCAAAAGGCAAAGAUCAAUAGUAGAAGAAGAUGGUGCAGUGAUCAUGGAAGCUAAUCAAGAUGAUCAACAAGUGAUGAUGAACAAAUCUACUAAUUGGCAUCAUCAAAUAAAAUCUUCCAAGAAUACUAGUACUGAAGUUGAUGUGAGAAUAAUGGAAGAUGAAGUGAUUGUUAAACUUGUUCAACAGAAGCAAAUACUGAAGGGAGUGAAUUGCCUUCUAUUGGUAUCAAAAGCACUUGAUGAGCUUCAGCUGGAUCUCCAACAUGUUGCUGGUGGAUUGAUUGGAGAUCACUAUAGCUACCUCUUAAACUCCAAGAUUUGUGAAGGUUGUACAGUGUAUGCAAGUGUAGUAGCUAACAAGGUUAUUGAGGUUUUGGACAAGGAACAUGCAGACAUUAAUUAAGUUGGAGGUCUAGUUUGGUCUUGAAAUAUAGACUUUCUUUAAUUUAUA